AUUUUGGAGUUAGCGUGGGAAGUGGGGAAGACCAAGAACCGUACUUCCUCAAUACAAAUACGAAAAACUUGGCCUUACAAAUCUUAAUUUUCACCCACCUGUCUUCCUCCAACCGCGAAACCGCGCAACAGAUUUUUUUUUUUUGAUCCAUCCAAUAAUCCAAACAAAAACGAUGCAGCAGAGAUCGAGAAGACGGUGUGAGGGCACGGCUAUGGGUGCCAUCCUCCUCGAUCUUCAGCCCGGCCUUGGCCUUGGCCCUUUCAAUCUCGGAAUGCCAAUUUGUGAAGCAUUUGCACAAAUAGAGCAACGCCCCAAUAUCUAUGAUGUUGUUCAUGUGAAAUACUUUGAUGAGGAGCCUCUGAAACUUGAUAUCGUUAUCAGCUUCCCAGACCAUGGCUUUCAUCUUCGAUUUGACCCGUGGUCACAGAGGCUACGUCUUAUUGAAAUAUUUGAUGUGAAGCGACUUCAAAUGCGAUAUGCUACUUCUCUGAUUGGAGGACCAUCCAAUCUUGCUACCUUUGUAGCUGUGUAUGCACUUUUUGGGCCAACUUUUCCUGGAAUUUAUGACAAAGAUAGGGGUGUUUACACUCUAUUCUAUCCGGGACUUUCAUUUGCAUUUCCAAUACCAAACCAAUAUACAGAUUGUUGCCAUGAUGGAGAAGCGGAGCUACCUUUGGAGUUUCCUGAUGGUACAACUCCAGUUGCCUGCCGUGUCUCCAUAUUUGAUAGUUCUACCGUAAAAAAGGUUGGCAUAGGAGCCUUAAUGGAUAAGGCUUCUGCUCCCCCAUUGCCUGCUGGCAGCCUUUAUAUGGAGGAGGUCCAUGUUAAGCUUGGUGACGAAUUAUACUUUGCUGUGGGUAGUCAGCAUAUUCCUUUUGGUGCAUCACCACAGGAUAUUUGGACAGAAUUAGGUCGCCCUUGUGGAAUCCAUCAAAAACAGGUAGAUCAAAUGGUUAUUCAUUCGGCUUCUGAUCCCCGUCCCAGGACAACCCUUUGUGGCGAUUACUUCUAUAACUAUUUUACCCGUGGUUUGGACAUCUUAUUUGAUGGACAGACUCAUAAAAUCAAGAAGUUUGUUUUGCAUACCAAUUACCCUGGUCAUGCUGAUUUCAAUUCAUACAUCAAGUGCAAUUUUGUAAUCCAUGUUUCAGGUUCUUUUGAUGAAACAAACAGUAAAAACACUAUAACCCCUAGCACGAAGUGGGAAGAUGUGAAGGAAAUUCUCGGGGAUUGUGGGCGAGCUGCCAUCCAAACACAAGGUUCAACAAACAAUCCUUUUGGAUCUACUUUCGUUUAUGGUUAUCAGAACGUUGCAUUUGAGGUGAUGAAAAAUGGUUACAUCGCCACAGUUACUCUCUUCAAGUCAUGAUAUAUAGGCGCGUUCUUCCCCUAGUCAGUUCGUUUCAAGCUAAUUAUGAAGUUCAUAAAGAUGGCUUCUUACUCUGGUUCAUUUUAUAAUGGCUGUCCACAAAAAGCGAAGUGAUCAAUCACUAUGGUUCAGUUCUUGAGCACUUCAUGCUGGUUUGCCUAUGUGGGUUUUCUGUAAUCUUGUCUAUGUAUAUUCCCACCUUGUAUGAAGCACCAAAUACUCAACUAGGCAUUAUUAUCAUGUUGGACAACAUAAUGAUGUACAUAACUAUUGAUUUGUAAAUAAUAUGAUACUGUUUUAAUUA